AUGGAGACAGGAAUCUUUUAGAGUGCUAAAAAGACCAUACCCUUAGUUUUGCUUUAUGAACUUUUGGGUUCAGCUUUGAUAACUUGUGCUUACCAGUUAAGUGCGAGUCGAACUGAGAUAGAUAAUGGAGUUAGAGCUGCUGCUUUCAUGGUGGGAUGGAUUAUAGCAUCGACCAUUUCGGGAGCUCACUUUAAUCCCGCAUUGUCACUGGCUGUUCUAAUCUAUGAAAGGAAAAAAUCAUAUAUUAAGUAUUACUUCAUGAUCAUUACUGCUCAAUUGGUUGGCUCAUUUCUCGGAAUAUUAAUCGAAUUUUUACUAGCAAGAUUUUACAGAGUAGAGCUGUACCCUGAACAAAUGACAAUCAAUGAUGGCUAGUUACUUUACUUCAAGAUUGAAGAUAAUGGUGACUUGACUCCCUACUAUGCACGCUUGCUAUUUAGUUAAUUCUUAGCCUCGUUUACCUUUUUCUUUGUGACUCUUAUAAUAAAGUACAAGAAGGCAUUAUCUACAGUUGAGGAUCCGAUUAAAGGUUUGGGAAUAUCUUUGUGUCUAUACUGUUGCUAUGUUCUGACCAGAGGAAGUGGUGCUGCUUUAAACCCAUGGUUUGGCUUGACUCAAAGCAUUUUAUACUUCGGAGCUAUCUCAAACUAAAAUAGAGAGAUCUCAGAUUAUGAUAAAAUAUUUUGGAUAUAUAUUUUGGCACCUUUUGUAGCAGGGGCUUGUGCAGGUUUAUUCACAAUAUUUCACCACAGAAUUGAGUCCUUAGGAAUAGAAGUCCCUCUUUCAAACUCAAUAAUUAACGAUACAUUUAGAUAAACUAUCAUUAGAAAGAGUUAAUAUAACAAGUAAGGAAGAUAAACAUACAGAGAAAGCACUAAUAACUCAAAAAAUUUUGGCGUCCAAGAAAAGAGUUUUGAAUCUGCAGAGUAGCUACUUCUGGUAACUUAAGAAUGA